AUGGCAAAAAUGAUUGUCAACAGGUUGAAACCUAUGCUGGGGGACCUGAUUUCAGAAUCUCAGAGUGCCUUCAUCCCAGGUAGGCUUAUAACGGAUAAUAUACUUGUGGCGGCAGAGGUGGGCCACUUUUUGAAUCGUAAACAGUGUGGAAUGGCUGGGUGGGGAGCGCUAAAACUGGAUAUGGCGAAAGCCUAUGAUAGAAUGGAGUGGCCAUUCUUAGAAAAGAUGCUGGAAGUAAUGGGUUUUGAUGAAAGGUGGAUUAAGCUGAUAAUGACAUAUGUUACCACUGUAUCAUACAGUGUGAUGGUCAAUGGCGUGAGUGGAGGCCAGGUGCAGCCAACAAGGGGUCUCAGACAGGGGGAUCCACUUUCACCUUUCUUAUUUAUUAUUUGUGCUGAAGGCUUAUCCAUGCUUUUGCAGAAAGAGCAGGCAGAAGCUACAGUGGUUAAGCAGUGUUUGGAAAGGUAUGGGGAGUUAUCUGGUCAGUUGGUCAACUAUCAUAAAUCCAAUAUAUGCUAUAGUAAGAAUACUGGGGAACAGAUGAGAGAGGAAGUGGCAGAAUGCCUGGGCGUGGAACGGGCAAGAAACUUUGGAAAAUAUCUGGGGCUACCCUCUUUUAUAGGGAGAAAUAAAAGGGCUAUUUUCUCUUAUAUAGAAGAUAAAAUCAGACAAAGAGUUUUCUCGUGGAACAAGAAAUUGUUAUCACAGGCUGGUAAAGAGGUACUUUUGAAAAGUGUGGCUCAGUCUAUGCCCACAUUUUCAAUGAGUGUUUUUUUGCUCCUUGAAUCAGUUUGCGAGUCGAUACAAAGGGCCAUGAAUAGAUAUUGGUGGGGGAAAGGGCCAGACAGAGGAAUCCACUGGAAAGCAUGGGAUAAAUUGUGUAUCCCUAAGAAGUUUGGUGGAUUGGGGUUUAAAGAUCUGAGGAAUUUUAAUCUGGCAAUGUUGGGUAAACAGGCAUGGCGUUUCUUAACAAAUCCAGGAUCACUGGCAGCACGAAUAUAUAAAGCAAGAUAUUUUCCUAAAACUUCUUUUGUUGAUGCAGUGGUAGGAAAUAAUCCCAGUUUUUGUUGGCGAAGUAUUAUGGCUGCUCAUGAUUUUGUUAUUGCCCAUGUCCGCAGGAGAAUUGGAAAUGGCCAGGAAACUUUGAUAUGGGGUCAUCCGUGGUUGCAGGAUAAUCCUAGUCCUAUGGUACAAACAGUAAUGCCUGAACCAUUAAGGGAUGCAGUUGUUGCAGGCUUGAUAGAUCAGCAGACGAAAACAUGGGACCCCCAUAUUUUAACAGAUUUAUUUGAACCUGAGGAUGUGGAUCGUAUUUUGAAAAUACCUGUGAGCCCAGACUAUAAAGACACAUGGUAUUGGCAUAAUGAUGUGAAUGGUUGCUACACAGUAAAGGAUGCUUAUAGGCGUCUAAUGGGAGAAUUUAAUCACAGCGAACAGGUCAGACGCGUUGUUGGGGUCCUCUAUUUUUUAUGGAUGGCCAGAAACGAGGCGGUCUGGGAACAUGCGGUACGGAGGCCGGAGGUGGUGUGGCACCGUGCAGCUGCGGGGGAGGCGAGCUACACGGCACUGCAUUCUCGGCCAGUGAUGGCACCGGCUGGUGGGGUGGUGACAGUGGCAGCCGGCCGGACGACGUGCCAUGUCGAUGCCGGAUACGAUCCGGGCACGGGAAAUGCAACUUAUGGGGCGGUUUUACUCGGUCCAAAUGGUUUGUUCAAAGCAGCGGCGAACGGAAAACUCCCGGGGUGUUUAACUCCUAUUAUGGCAGAAGCGCUGGCAUGCAAGGAAGCCUUGUCUUGGCUUAAAGACCGGGACGAGAACGAGGUGGAUAUUCUUACGGAUUGUCUUGUUUUAAGGAAUGCAGUUCAUGCAGUAACUACACCGAACUUAUCUUAUGUUGGAAUUGUGAUUGAGCAGUGCAGGACAGCUAUUAGUAGUUUUGUUUAUUGUUCGAUUAGUUUUAUUUCGAGAACUUUAAAUUUACAUGCGCAUACUCUUGCUAGAUUAGCCCAUGAUCAGGAUCAUUCUAUGUACUGGGAUUUAAUCCCUCCUGACUCUAUCAUUCAAUUCUUGAAUUAA